ACCAUCAUUAUAUUUUCCCUACUACUACCGCUGGGCCAAAAAAGGGAAGCGGGUAACAAGCCGGUCGGCCAAGAGUUCAUUGCGUCGCAGUUUGCAUUCCAGCGCAGGGACAGAUGGCAAGCGAGGGUUACGACGACGACGACGACUUAUGGAGCGACGCCGAUUUCGUCGGAGCCGUCGCGGAGGCUGUUGAGGCGGUUGAGCUCGCCUCUACGCAGCGCAACCUUCUUCCCCCGCCCACUCACCCACAUCCGCCGCCGGCGGCCACUCCGUCGCCCUUCGUCGGCAUUAGUUCUUCACCUCCAUGGAAGGCGCCUCAGUUAGCUGUUCAACAAGUUGCCACACCCUCCACUUCCAAGGAUUCUAAUGGCGCCUUUCAACAACAGGAAAUCGAUAGAUUGAAGGGAGAGCUUGGCCGCGUUUCAGAGCUGCUUGCGCAGAAGGAACAGGAAUGCAUUAUGUUGAGAAAGCAUAGUGAAGAAAAAGAGACAAAUGCUGUUCAGACUGAAAGAGCCAGUGUUUCUACCAUAUCAACGGGUGAAAGUGAUUCUCCUUCCAUGAUUAAGAAAAAGUUGUUAGAUGCAUGGGAGUCACCGACUGGUCAAAAUCUAGGGAGAAUCUUUGUUUCAAAACUGUUAGAGACUUGCGAAGCUGAUUUCCGCGUUCUCUUUGGAUUGCUGGAUUCAAGUUUCCCCUCCAAGAUGAGAACAGAAAGUUCUUUUUCUUACUCUGGAGUUGCUAAGGAGGACAAUCUGCUGCAAGAUCAUCUCAAUGUCUCUGCAAAAGUAUCUCAUCUUUAUUCCGUUUUGAUGAAGAUUAGCAAUGAGAUGCUUAGAUUGGAUGGUCUACUCGAUGCAUUAGUUGAACUUUGCCAACUUAAAAAUGUUCUUAUAAUGUACAGGGCUCUGCAUAUACUGCAUGAGGUUUUAAGCUGCAGUUUCUUUGCAGAAAAGAAAGACGAUAGAAGGUCCAAUGUGAUUUUUGAGGAGAUUGAUGAAAAUAAACCUUCUAGAAGAGGAAGCCAUUCCAAAGAGACACUAAAUCAUAACGCCGUAGCUCAAUUGGAUAAUAGUGAUACACUUUCCAGAAUGGGAUCAUUCAAUCCCGGAACUUCAGUAUUCACGUCAUGUUUCAACUAUCUCUCAUUGUUUGAACUGAUGUGCCAAAUUAUAAUGAUGAAUAGUUUAGAGCAUAUCAGAUGGGAAGCAGUUUCUAUUAUGAAUUUGAUCCUUGUAAGAAAGCAUACAUUCUUGGAGAGGGAAAAGUAAGUGAACAAUUACUGAGUAAUUAUGAAUUUAUCUUUUUAUUUUUUUAAAAACCCCUUUCAUUGACUGUGACCUCGUUUCCUCCUCUAAAAUGUUUGUGUUUUGUCAGAAUGUGUACACUUCUAUUUAUUUAUUUAUUGAGCCAGGUUUGCAUCAGAUAUAGUGUUUCAAAGUGUUUCACUACUAUUGAGGAAGGAUGCUGGCUACCGUGUAAAUAAGCAAGCUGUGCGCCUUCUUUACCUGCUGCUUAAUUGCCCAAAUGUUAUGGCAUCAUUUUUCAACAAUUUCAUGGGAGGGAAAAGUACAGGCACUGCUGAUGCAAGUUCCAAAACUGCUUCAACUUUUCAAGUAAUCUGUAAGAUUUUUGAAGGAUUGGCUGAAUGUCUAUCUUGUAGCGGGAAAAGCACCGAGGAAUUACAGGUCCAAAGGCAUUCAAUAAUUUUACUGGCUUUCCUUGCUUCUUGUGGGAAAACUGGCAUUGAAAUUCUUCUAAAUCAUAGGCUUCCAAAAAGGACAGGCUUCUUAACAAUAAUUUUACAGAGUUUAAUAUCUGUUUUGGACCUAGAAGCACGAGAUACUGCUACACAUCCUGAAGAAUCUAAAGAAAGAACUCUAAUGAUCAGAGAAGCACUUAUUCUUCUGAACAGAAUUGUUUCACAUCCCCAAUACGCCGGGUCGGUUCUAUUGGCACUGACGAACCGCAGGGACAUAGCCAGGUUGAGCGUUGACACCGCGAGCCGGUUAUCUCACAAGGGUAAGUGCCUAUUGCAUUGCGACAGCAUAACGCAACAGAUUAGGGCAACAGAAAUUGUUGAGCUCGCCCAGGGUUUUCAGAGAAGACUAUACACAUUUCUAGGGGCUAAUGCCUCGGGAAAGAAGCCAUCGUGAGAGUUUCUUUCUCGGUGAAGUGUGCAUAGGAGUCUAAUGCCCCUAUCAACGCAUCACUUCCUUGCUUCUUUUAUGUUUUCUUUUUUCAUUUUGUGACCCGUAUAAUGUGACACAGUGAAGCAAGCUUGAUCCAAUUCAGAUCCUUUUGGACGAUUCGUGACUUGUAUAUGACUGGAUGAGAUCAGUAAUAGUAAGCUAAUAUUCUCAAUAACCUCAACUGUUUACC